AUGGCGAGCUGGCCGCAGUUAUCAGCGAAAGCCGCGGCGGACGGGCACCGAUGCGACAUCGACUUGGACCUCAAACCCCGUUGGGACGACGGGGCCACGACCUAUCUCAUUCGCUUCGACCUCUCAGGAUUCAAGAAGGACGAGUUCAAGGUGCUCGUGGACGCCGGCGGCAGGCUGACCCUCCGCGGCCAGCGCCCCUCCGGACACGUGCGGGUCAACAAGGCGCUCCAGCUGCCUCCUACGGCGGACUUCGACAAGAUCGCCGCCCGGUUCGACGGCAGAAUGCUCUGCCUCACCGUGCCUAAACUGCCGGUUGCCGAAAUGGCGCUGGCGAGGAUGGACGAAGCGAAAGAGCUGACCGCGUGGGAGACGGAGGCGGAGAAAGAGCGAUCCGAAUGGGACCGGGGGCAGGUGAUCGCGGCUGCCGUCGCCGCCUUCGCGCUUGGCGUCGUCGUCACUCACAAGUUACUGUCGGCAAAGCAUGUCUAA